AUGAGCAACAGCACAUCUAAGAAUGUACUGGAAACCAUAAUAAUCCUACUUGUAAUGUGUAACACAGUCAAAUCACCUUUUACAGGAAAUGACGAACAGUUGCGGAAGAGUGGAAACCACAUAAGCGCUGAUGGUCUGAAACCCCAGAAACUGUUGCAGAGCAUUUCUACCUUGGAAAAUCCUUACUCUUCCAGAAGAAUAGAUCUAGGUGAUGGAUUAAUAUUCUUCGCAAACGAAAGAAAUCAGUGGAGAAGUAGACUCACGAGGAGAACCAGACCUACUAGAACAUCAAAAAACAGAAGAUCAACAUCCAGAACUUCUGUUACCGAAAGCAGUAGGCAUCGCACAGCUUUUACUGUGCCAACAGCCGUGACUAGUAAGUCAACAGUCAGUUUUGAGUCAUCGCCGCCUACUUCCGGAGUUGUUACGAUGUCAUCUACGACUAAAGCCAAACCUAGUAAGAAGUCUACCGUUUCCCGGCCUUCUCGCAGAACUCCACCAUAUCGAAAUAGAACUCGGACGACGAGAACUAGAAGAACAAGAACCACUACUAUUAUUUCUACUAUUCCUACUACUACUUCUUCUGCUACAACUACUUCCAUUUCUAUAACUACUCCUACUACCACUACCACUAGUACAACGACUUCUACAACAACAACGACAACACCAGCAACGACAACAACGACAACACCAACGACACCAACGACAACAACGACAACAACGACAACACCAACGACAACACCAACGACAACAACGACAACACCAACGACAACAACAACGACAACACCAACGACAACAACGACGACGACACCAACGACAACAACAACGACAACACCAACUACAACAACGACAACUACUUCCACAUCUACGUCUACGUCCACUUCUACGUCUACAUCCACAUCCACCUCUACUUCUUCAUCAACCACAACAGAGAGUACUACUGAAGAGGAAACUACCACUGCUAGUACAACCACUAGCAAAACGACCUCCACCACUACGACUCUCAGUACUACUAGACGCACAACUACUACGCCUACUACUACUACUACAACACCUACUACUAGUACCACAACAACAACAACAACUACUACUACUACUACCACCACGGAAAGACCGACAACCACUACUCUUGUGAUACCAACUACUACGCCAAAAACAACUACAAUAGUGAACAUUACGAUCGAAAUAAACGAGACAGGAAUUAUUCAACCAAAUGAGGCAGUAACAGGAAAGAGAAGAAAACGAAAACGAGAUGACUACACCUUAAUUAUUCUUCUAUGGGUACUUGCUGCUUUGUUGGUCGUAGGAGUCCUCGGUUAUGUCUACUACGAUCAUCGUCGAGCAGAAAAGAAUAAGAAAAAAAUGAGGAUGCAAGAAGAAGCAGAGAGAAAAGAGAGAAGAGCCAAAAAACUCAAAAGAAAGCAGAGAAAAAGACCACGACAAAUGCAGGCUGCAAAGUUGAAUAUGAAGGAAUUCAAAAAGAAAGGACCGCUUGUGCUUCAAGCAGAUUUGAAAGGAGAUGUUAAGCAUGUGCUGGACCAGGAAAAAUCCGUCAGUAUAAGGAAUCUGAAGUUUGACCCAAGUCAAAACUCAAUUGUCUUAAUUGGUACUGAAAUAGAAAAACUCGAAGGGCUAUCCCAAAGAACGUUGGAGAAGUCAAAAGAAAGCGCUGAAAGCGUAUUCAAACCAGGCCAUGGAGGAAAAAAAUCGGGUUCAAAAGAACGUUUGCCAUUACCUAAAUCUCCUACAUUCAACGAUAUUGUUGAGAUGAAGACUCAAUCUUCAUACGAGCCAAUCGCAGUGAAAGAAACGAAGAAAUAA